AUGAAGGGCGGAAGAUCUAAAAGUGUAGGUUCCCGACGAUCGGGAACGAUGCCACCCACGACGUCGCCGUCGUCGCAAACGACGUCGACGGCGACGAGGGCGACAACGAGGGCGACAACAACGGCGACGACGGCAACGACGGCAACGGCGGCAACGACGUCGACAUUGCCACGGACGACGGCGACGACGUCGACAUCGCCAGGGACGACGGCGACGGCGGCGGCGUCCACAUGGGGGCCUAGAUCCCGGUACCAAAGCCAAAGAAGGCUGAAAGCGAUCAUUCGCCGAGUGAUGAUGAAAGAGCAGAGGAAAAAGAUGAGGCCGCCGCCGCCACCGGCGUACCCGAUGCCGCCGCCGCCGCCGCCGCCACCGGCGUAUCCGAUGCCGUCGCCGCCGCCGCCGCCGCAACCAGCGUAUUCGAUGCCGGCGUACCUGCCGCCGACGCCGGCAUAUCCAACGCCGACGUACGCGGCACCGGCACCGACAUAUCCAACGCCGACGUACGCGGCACCGGCACCGGCGUACCCGACGACACCGUACAUACAGCCGACGACACCGUAUCCUAGCAUCUGCGAAGAAUCGAACUGGACAGUCGUAACUGGUCGUAACCUAACUAACGGAGAAGUGAACCGGUGGAAGAUAUGGUAUAUUGAAGAGAGGAUUGGGAUAGAUUACAUUACAUCAGUACGUCAAAAGAACCGGGGUGGUGAUAUAGGCAAUAUAGGCAAUUGGUGA